AAUGGUGGCGGCAAUGUCACGGAGUUUCCGCUGUUCCUCUGCUUUCAUGCGAUCGGGUUGUGAAGCUAGCAAGAGAGCUAAGCUAGCGUCACGCUAGGCCUCCAGCAGACCAGCGGGACAGCCCCCGAGACCAAAUCCCUCUCUUCGGAAGUAGACAAUAUCUCUGUAUGAAUCUGCAUGAAAACUGUUAAAAUCACGGAAAUAUGGUGGUUCUCAAAAUUCGAGACCAGCCUCCAUUGCUGAAAGCUAUAUUCAGUGUGGACCCAGAUGAAGUACGCUCGCUUAUAUUCAAAAAAGAGGAUGUGAAUGCACAGGAUAAUGAGAAGCGAACUCCACUGCAUGCAGCUUCCUAUCUUGGAGAUGCAGAAAUUAUAGAGCUGCUGAUUCUUUCAGGUGCCAGAGUAAAUGCCAAAGAUAACAAGUGGCUGACUCCUCUGCACCGGGCAGUGGCCUCCUGCAGUGAGGAGGCUGUCCAGGUUCUACUGAAACAUUCUGCCGAUGUGAAUGCCAGAGACAAGAACUGGCAGACACCACUUCACAUUGCUGCAGCCAAUAAGGCAGUUCGCUGUGCUGAAGCCCUUGUACCACUGCUCAGCAACGUGAAUGUGUCAGAUAGAGCAGGCCGGACUGCUCUGCAUCAUGCAGCCUUCAGCGGUCAUCUAGAGAUGGUCAGGCUCCUGCUCUCCAGAGGAGCAAAUAUUAAUGCCUUUGAUAAGAAAGACCGUCGUGCAAUCCACUGGGCAGCUUACAUGGGACACAUAGAAGUGGUGAAGCUGCUGGCAUCCCAUGGAGCUGAGGUAGCCUGCAAAGAUAAGAAAUCUUACACCCCCCUACAUGCAGCAGCUUCCAGUGGAAUGAUCAGCGUGGUCAAAUACCUCCUGGAUUUGGGGGUGGAUAUCAAUGAGCCGAAUGCAUACGGCAACACCCCCCUCCAUGUGGCCUGCUACAACGGGCAGGAUGUGGUGGUGAAUGAGCUCAUAGAGUGUGGAGCUAAUGUUAACCAGGUGAACGAGAAAGGGUUUGCACCCCUCCAUUUCACCGCUGCCUCGCGUCACGGAGCGCUGUGCCUGGAGCUCUUGGUGUGCAAUGGGGCUGACGUCAACAUCAAGAGCAAAGAUGGUAAGACUCCCCUCCACAUGACUGCCAUCCAUGGGAGGUUUUCUCGCUCUCAGGCAAUCAUUGAGAAUGGUGCUGAGAUAGACUGUGAAGAUAAGAAUGGAAAUACACCACUGCACAUUGCAGCUCGAUACGGACACGAGCUCCUCAUCAACACGCUCAUCACCAACAGAGCUGACACAGCUAAGCGAGGGGUUCAUGGUAUGUUUCCACUACAUCUGGCUGCUCUCAGUGGAUUCUCUGACUGCUGCCGAAAGCUUCUGUCAUCAGGUUUUGAUAUUGAUACCCCUGAUGACUUUGGAAGAACCUGUUUACAUGCUGCAGCUGCUGGAGGAAAUCUAGAAUGUCUCAACCUUCUGCUCAACACGGGGGCAGACUUCAAUAGGAAGGACAGCUUUGGCAGGACCCCUCUGCACUAUGCUGCUGCCAACUGUAACUACCAGUGCCUGUUUGCUUUGGUGGGUUCUGGGGCCAGUGUCAAUGACCUAGACGAGCGGGGCUGCACUCCCCUCCACUAUGCUGCUGCCUCUGACACAGAUGGAAAGUGCCUGGAAUAUUUACUGCGCAAUGAUGCAAAUCCAGGGAUCCGGGACAAUCAGGGCUACAAUGCUGUCCAUUACGCCUCAGCUUAUGGACAUCGCCUCUGUUUGGAGCUGAUUGCAAGUGAAACGCCUCUGGAUGUGUUAAUGGAAACCUCAGGGACAGACAUUCUGAAUGAUUCUGAAGUAAGAGCCCCCGUCAGCCCCCUUCACCUUGCUGCAUACCAUGGUCACCACCAUGCUUUGGAGGUUCUGGUACAGUCACUACUGGAUCUUGAUGUAAGGAACACGCAAGGUCGUACGCCCCUCGACCUGGCUGCAUUCAAGGGCCAUGUAGAGUGUGUGGAUGUGCUAAUCAACCAGGGAGCCUCGAUCCUGGUCAAAGACUUCACUUUGAAGCGAACCCCCAUCCAUGCUGCAGCUACAAAUGGUCAUUCAGAAUGUUUGCGUUUGCUCGUUGGAAACGCUGAUCUGCAGAGCGCAGUGGACAUUCAAGAUGGAAACGGACAGACUCCCCUCAUGCUUUCAGUCCUAAGUGGGCACAUAGAUUGUGUAUACUCUCUGCUUAAUAAGGGAGCAAGUGUAGAAGCCAAAGACAAGUGGGGCAGAACGGCCCUGCAUAGAGGAGCAGUAACCGGUCAUGAAGAAUGUGUGGAGGCCUUGCUUCAGCACAGCGCCAACUUCCUGACGAGAGACUGUAAAGGGCGCACCCCAGUCCACCUGGCAGCAGCGUGUGGACACAUUGGGGUACUGGGAGGCCUGCUGCAUGCUGCCCUGUCCGUGGAAACUCUCCCUGUGUUAACCGACAACCAAGGCUACACUCCGCUGCACUGGGCCUGCUACAAUGGUCACGAUACAUGUGUAGAGGUUUUGCUGGAACAAGAGGUUUUUCACAAGGCAGAAGGCAAUUUGUUCAGUCCGCUCCAUUGUGCUGUGAUUCAUGACAAUGAAGGAGCAGCUGAGAUGCUGAUAGACACUCUGGGCCCUGUCAUAGUGAAUGCCAAAGACAGUAAAAACAGGACCCCCCUGCAUGCAGCAGCCUUCACAGACCAUGUGGAGUGUCUACAGCUGCUGCUGAGCCACAAUGCCCAGGUCAACAGUGUCGAUGCUGCAGGAAAGACCUCACUCAUGAUGGCUGCUGAGAAUGGACAGACUAAUGCUGUUGAGCUGCUGGUCAGCAGUGCAAAAGCAGAUCUUACGCUGCAGGAUGCUGUGAAGAAUACCGCUCUUCAUCUGGCCUGCAGUAAGGGACAUGAAACCAGUGCCUUGUUGAUAUUGGAGAAGAUUGCAGACAAAAACCUCAUCAAUGCCACUAACGCCGCCUUACAGACGCCUCUACAUGUGGCAGCGAGAAACGGUCUGACUGUGGUUGUGCAAGAGUUGCUUGCAAAAGGAGCCAGCGUGCUGGCCGUCGAUGAAAACGGAUACACCCCCGCCUUGGCUUGUGCCCCCAACAAAGAUGUGGCAGACUGCCUAGCGCUGAUCCUGGCCACCAUGAUGCCUGUGUCCCCCUGCACCUUGGCGCCCACCCUCCCUUACAGUGCCAUUAAUCACUACACCACCAGCCCAUCCAAGAGCGUUACCUUUGACAGCCUGCCUGCACUGCGUGGUGAGCACAGCUCCUACUGCAGCUUCAACAACAUCAGCCAUCACGAUGGCUUCUACAAGGAAGAGGAGCUGAACGACUCUGACUCAGAGACGUACUGAGAACCUGGUGGAGGCGAUAAAUGCAUAAACACACACGAUGUGUCUUAAAAAUCACCCAGCUUGGGAGGGCAGAGAAAAACCUAAGCCCCCACAUAGCCUUAAGAGCCCCCCCCAACCAGAGAGGAAGGAGGUGCAGCAAGUCGGCCCACGCUCAUCUCGACCUCCUCCAGCAUCAGGUGUCCUUUCAGCUGAUACAGGACGCCAGUAACUGCUGCUUUAGCCACACAGAAUUCUUGUGCUGACAACUCAACUUGCUGGGCAAACGGCGACCGUAGUACAGCAAUAACAUGCUGAAGAUGGACAGUAGCACUUCACAGAGAGCUAAACCAACAGGGACCAAGAAACAUGGAUGCAUUUUAAUCCAGUUUCAAUAGUGUAAUUGAGAUUUGAAGUUUGGGUUUUCUGUUCACCAUGGACAGAAUCUAGUUUUCAUUUUUGUGAUUGGUCAAGAGAGGUUGAAAACCAUACACUACGCCCGUUAAACACGCUUGUCCUAAGUCUGUACGUCAUGGAAGGGGGAAAAAAUCAUUGACCAUCGUUGAUGGAAAUUUUAAUACCCGUGUCUUAUGUCCUUUAGAAAAAUCAUUUAUUCCCCUGAUUAAGUGCAACAUUCAGUAUGUUCACUAGGCUUUUUUGUUGAAGUCGGUCAACCUUACCAUUGUAUAUUGACCUAUCCAUUGCAGUUUAGUCUUUCAAAAUAAAUUAUUUGUGUACUUUCAUUUUCUAUUUAUGUGUUCAUUUUGUGCCUUCAUUAGUUACUAAGAGCAGAUGGAUUUGUAGAGGCAGCUGUGAAAGUACAUUAAAGCUCACUAGGUAAGUAAACCAUUUGUGAGAAGCACUGAUUUAAUGCUGGGACAGCUGAGGCUCAGCUUUGUGAAGAGAAACACUGUAAACCAAUGAUAGGACAGCGUUGCAUUUUCUUAUGUUUGAAUGAUAGUUUGCUCUUAUGAUAGCCAGUGUUUGUUGACAGGUUUUGCUUGCUUUAACUUUAAAAAAAAGAAACCACUUGAUUUCACCAUGAUUUAAACUCCCCCUUUCUGACCUUCUGAAAAACAACCUCUUAACUGGAAAUAUGUACAAUACAUUUGCUAGUGUCUUCAUAAUGGAAAAGAUUUUCUUUUUCUUGAAGAGGGGGCGAAACUAGCAUGUACAUAGAUAUUCUGACUGUGAAUUCAAAGCUCCAAUGAAUUCUUUCAGUACUGAGAUUGCUGUAUAUUUUAUGAGUAAUAAAGAAAAUAAUUAUUUAAUAAUGA